UGAAUUCUCCCCUGAAUUGUAAUACGUACACGAUGGCGUUCAACCCUUUCCUGAUGGAGUCCGACUACGCGGCGGCCCAAUCCUCGUCUGCCGCGACAAUGUAUACGUCCCCCGCCCCACAACAGCACGUCCCAAUGGACACUGGGGGCUCAUCUAACCCGUUUCUUUCCUUUGGGGCACAAGACGAACCACCGGCUGCAGAGAUGCCUCCAGUGGUCAUGCCAUCAUAUAUGGAUCAUCAAAGUAGUUUAUACGGUGCCACUGCAGGUGGAGCAGGUGACAAUCCAUUCUUAAGUUACGACAUGGGUCCCUCCGUUCCAGUUGCUGCUGCGAGUUCCAAUCCGUUCGCCGACUUUGCUGCACCCGAACCACAAAUGUCGGCGGCAGAUAUGGGGAUGGGAUCGGGUACUACGAUAACAAUGGGGGCGAAUGCAUACUUUGCUUCGACGGCGGAUAUGUCGUAUGCACACAUGUCUGUCGCCUACUUUCAACAAAAUUCAGAACAUCCAAACCUGAUUGAUACCUCUGAACCUGAUGUCAUCCAUUCACAGCAAGCACAAACUACUCAGAAUCUGUUGGAAUCAGUGACAGGUGUACUGGAAGCCACGUCGGAUUCUCUCCUGGACCGACUCAGGGUAAAUGCACCAAGUCCCACCCCCGAACUGCCAAGUCCAACUCCAUCUCCGCGGUCACCCAGUCCUGAUCUACUUGGUGGAGACUUAAUGUCUGAACCUCCCCCUGUUCCUCCACCAUCCGCCAACCCGCUUGCCCCAUCCCCUCAUCAGCUCGAUUCAAUCAUGGACCUAUUUGAUGCCAGCAACAAGACGUCCUCCGCUAAUUCUGCACAUGUCGACCUGAUGGGAUUAUACAAUACUUCUCAAACUGCACCCGUGGUGUCUUUAGCCGAGGAUACAGUUCCGCCAGCACCUCCAAAAUCAAUCCCCAUGGAGGUUGAUACUGCCCCUCUUUCAGCCCCCCUUGUCGACUUUGUUAUCGAACCUGCUACUCCACGAGCGAAGGAAAUUCCGCAAGAGCAGCCGAUGAAAGAAUCGUCACCAUCAUCGCUCAGUCCUGUUCAGUCCCCUGCUGAAAAACACCCACCACCGCGACCACCCCAACCACCAUCCCCUGUUCGAAGUCCAGUUCUAUCCCCUGUGCAUGAGGCCACACCACCUCCAAGACCCACGACAGCUCCACCCGCCCGACCUGCCCCACCGCCAGUGGUGCCGACUCCAAAGUCGCCCGUGUUGGCAGAGAAACCACUCCCUUCUCGACCACCCCCGCCAGUUCCUCCUGCUCCAAGGGCCACACCUUCCCCGCAACCACCAACUUAUUCAGCACCACCGCCACCAGUGGUAAACCAAACACCACCGGUAACAAAUAUUUUUGCAGCUCCUGUCCAUGAAUCUUCAUCACCUUUUGGCGCCGCUAUUGUAACCAGCGCUCCUCCACCCACUGUAAAAGGUGGAUUCGACAUGUUUACCGCAAGCAGCCAACCACAAUCUGCUUUCAAUUCUAGUUCAAGUGGAGGAACUGCAGCACUCCGUAAAACAGACACGUUUGACGCAUUUGAUGCAAAGUUUGAACAGUUGGCUGAAGCUGGGGGUGGCAAUGCUAAUAAUGCUUUUGGACUACCUCCAACCAUAACCACGACCAACUCGGACUCGGCUUGGGGAUCGGACGGUGAUUCUUUUGGAGGAGGAGCUGACACCGAAAUGGGGUUUGGCGUGGGGGGAUUCGAUUCCUUCCUCUCCAUGACAGAACCACCUCCUGUACCGCAGAGUACCCCAGCCAAGAUACGACGAGGCGAUGGAGGCGACGAUUUUGAUAAUGACGACGAAGAUAAGGAAAUGUCUGUCACGAUACGACCUCGUAACGAAAACGACUUGACACUAACAAUCGCUCCAUGUCUGGCUCCACCCCCCAAAAGCCCCGCAAUCUCAACGGGUUCGGCGUACUCCGAGGAAAACAAUACAGCUGCGUACGUCCCAUUCCUCUCACAAUCAAGUGCGCCCAUGGUGGACAACAGUUACGCUGAAGCCCGACGCCAAACACAGAUGAAUCGGACCGAGAGUGGAGAAUCGCCUCAAACUCCGCUUUUCGAAGAAGACACGUCUCAACCGUUGGAAGACUUCCCACGCACAAAGUAUACUUGCGAAGGUUGGGACAUGCAAGUCCGGUAUCCCAACAAGAAGGUCACAUUUGGGGGACAGAGGUCAUGGAAAGCUGUAUUCGUACGAGUGGAUCAUCAAGGUGAUAUUCCCGUCGUCAAGAUUUAUGGGAAGAAAGGAGACAAAGAACCAAUUCAGGAGAUUCCGUUACAGUCGUCCUACUCAGUUUCAGACAUCAGCGCCCAACAAUUUGAUCAGUAUGGAAAAAUAUUCACAGCCAAACUACAAUUUGUCUAUUAUAAAGAGAGGCCGGGCGUAAGACCUGGACAAAUUGGAAAAGCCAGCCGGCUUUCUCAUAAACUUAGCGCAUUUGCCGCAUAUGCAAUCACUGGGGAUACAUCGGGUGUCAAAGAAUUUGGUAGUGAUUUAAAGAAACUUGGCCUUCCUUUGGAACAUGCGCCACAAGUUUCUCAACUGGUUAAACUGGGUACCCAAUGCUAUGACGAUAUGAAGCAAUUCUCCGUCUACAUCGAGGAAACCCUUUUUCGACUUUCCACACAUCGUGACCGCGCCCUCAAUUAUAAAACAGAGGAAAUACAAGUGACCAUCGUGGAUGAAUAUUACGUGGAACAGGAUCUUUUUGGCGUUGUCACCCGACAAAUUGCCCGAGUUCGCGUCAUGUUCCUCUCGUUUUUGAAUGGCGUAGCAGAAAUUGAAAUGGGUGUCAAUGAUAUGAGACGACAAGGAAAGGAAAUUGUGGGCCGACAUGACAUCUGUCCCGUUCCGACCGAAGAGUGGAUUAGGAUGGAAGACAUUGAGUUUUCAAACAUUGUCGAUCCUGUGGAAUUCGAACAAACUCAAACAAUUAAAUUCAAACCACCCGACGCUUCAUAUCUCGAAUUGAUGAGAUUCCGCGUACGACCUCCACGUCGCAGGGAACUCCCUCUUCAAAUAAAAACAACCUUCAUUACUACUGGACAAAGGAUCGAAAUACGAUCCGAUAUCCUUGUUCCUGGCUACACUUCUAGAAAACUUGGUCAAAUUCCGUGUGAAGAUGUCAUGGUUAGAUUUCCCAUCCCGGAAACAUGGAUCUAUAUGUUCCGAGUAGAGAAACAUUUCCGAUAUGGUUCAGUAAAAAGUGCGCACAGGAGAAGCGGUAAGGUGAAAGGUGUGGAAAGAAUUUUGGGAGCUUUGGACGUAGUGGAACCAAGUUUAAUGGAGACAACUUCCGGUCAAGCGAAAUAUGAGCAUCAUCACAGAGCCAUUGUUUGGAGAAUUCCACGAUUACCAAAGGAAGGACAGGGUGCCUACACCACCCACUCAUUCUUUUGCCACAUUACGCUCCAACCUCAUGAAAAAAUCCCUGACAAUUUGAGCAAGCAUUGUUACGUUGAAUUUACUAUGCCCCAUACGACCGUAUCUCACACCGUGUGUCGGUCCAUCUCUGUCCCCACGAGUGACGAACCUCCCGAAAAGGCGUGCCGUUACCUAAGUCGCCAUGAGUACACCGUGGAAAUUGAGCAUCGAGAAGGACUCACGCCCGCGUCGUACAGCGUCGCUGCUGCCGUCACAAAGGAACCCGAAGAAGCGCAGCAACCUGUACGUGGAGAAUUUGAAGAACAAAAAUACGAUUCGGAUUUCUCCGACGAUUAAAUGAUUAUGUGUUAAUUUUUGUAUAUAAUGUAAAUAUGCCAUAUCAUUUGUUCUAUACUAAAUAAUCCAGAAACUUUAACUAAACCAUAAGUGAUAUAAAAUAUAAGACAAAGAAACAGAGCCAAAAAGUAGAGAGGAAAAUAAGAUGAGAUUAUCAUUAUUCUCCACAAAAUACAGCAGAUAUAUAGUUAACUAAUGUGUAGCUCGAAAUAGUCUCAACACAAGAAAGCUUAUAUUUAACAGUAUUUUAGUACAUUGAAUAAUUUUUAUUUUGCUCAUCAAUAUCGUUCGGUAUUUUUCGUCCAAUUAUUUUUGAACUUCAAGUUUUCAUAGGAAUUUGUCAUUCCAAAAGUAAUAAUUUUUUUGGGUAGUGGGAGGACAAUACUAAAAGUAAAACAUCUCAACAAAUAUUUACGUAUAUAAAUAUAUAACAAACAUUUAUUUAUUGUCAAUUCUGAGUGGCUCAGCAUAAAAUUAUUUUGUAAUCGAGUGCGCUCCUUACUUAAUUCAGGUUUAUUAUUAAAAUAUAUAUGUGGAGAAUCAGUCAAUUCAUUUUAUUUUUAAAUAUUGACUUUCUGAAAAUAUUAUUAUCUUUGUCAUAGUAAUUGAUCUGCAAAUAUUUUCAAGUACCUCAUAACUAACUAUUUACCUUCGAUAUACAUAAAUAAUGUAAGAAUAUCCAUACACUAGGUGUCUUAAUUAUUAAAAUAUUUACUUAACCAGUCAUGCACAAGUUGUAGCUGGGACGGAGUGCAAUUCUAGUCAAAUGAUGGUUUCGAUUUUAAUGACGGUCUUCUACACUGCUCUUGCCCGAGUUAAUUGAUGCUACUUUACAAUAAAAAGUGGGUGUCGUUUUCUCUAUCAAUCGAGUACGUUAGAGGCGUCGUUGUCGUCCAUCACUGUAAAUUGCUAACGAUUUUAAACCUACAUUAGUGUAUAAAAAUAAAAGAAAGUUCAAUGCCUAUUGUGACUGGAUAUCUACAUAAUACACUAUAUUUAGAUGUUACGUUAUGAAUAGUUUGCCUGUUAUAUAUGUCAGAAAAAAGAUUAAAUGAUUAUAAAGACCAAUAAUGAAUUAUAUUGAAACAUGCAGUAGAGUGGAAAUAUAGUAAACGAGUUGUAAAUAAUAAUUAUAUAGUGCAAAAUCUAAGAGUCAGUUAAAUAACGACUAUUUUGCAUGUAGAUAUAGAUAGAUAAUAAAUAUACAAUUCAAAGAGUCAAUCAAUCAAUCCAUGUCAAAGAAUGAUAUAUGUAAAACUAAGGCGAUAUACAGUUAUUGCAGUUACGAUGAGAAAAAUACCGGGUAUUGUGAGGUGACAAAUUUUGUAUACAAGUUUUUUAAAAAACAAAAUCUGAGAUUCACAAACUCCUAAUGUUUUGAAAAAAAUUGUACAAAAAAUUUGUCGCCUCGCAGUACCUGCUAUACUUCUCUCCAUAACUGCAAUAGCUGUAUAUCGCCUUGAUGUAUGUAAAACUGUCGUAUUUAGAUCUGAUCAUGAUCUGAGAGACCUAUUAAUUGUAUCCUAGUUGUUAAUUUGAUGAGAGAUAUUAUGGGCAGCGUACAUUAUUGACGUCUAAAACAAGAAAGCAAAGUAAUACGACUGUAUGUAUUCGUAGUCAAACAUAGUAAAAAUAAACAAUACAACUAAUACAAUAAGAAAUACA